UGUGUGUGAAAGUAUAAUAAGGCAGGCCAUGAAAGAAAGAAUUUGGGAAGCAACUUGCUAAAGAUGGAAAAACUAACAGUAAGAAUUUCAGUACAUCAGAAUCCUGCCAAAAAGAGAGGGAUGCCAAUAGUCGACCAAGGUGUUAAAAGAGUAGUCAAGAAAGACAAGGCUAUCGCAAAGAAACUAAAUGAAUUCUUUGCAUCUGUCUUCAUGCAGAGGAUUUGGGGGAGAUACCCACAUCAGAGCAAUCCUUUUUGGACAACAAAUCUGAGGAACUGUCCCAGAUUGAGGCGUCAAUAAAGGGAGGUUUUGGAAUAAAUUGAUAAAUUAAACAAUAAUAAACAUUUAAACAAGCCCGCGUGCUAAAUAACUGGAAGGGAGUUAAUGUAGUGACGAUUUCUAAAAAAGGCUCUGGAGAUGAUCCUGAUAGUUACACUGGAAUGGAAGGUAGCAGCUUUUAAUCAACAGACAGUGCUGCUAUAUAGCAAUUCAGGAUAGAUAGUGAAUAACUUUAGGUACACACGAAAUAACUUCCCAGUUGGAAUUCAGCCCAGAUUGACUUUUGAAAUCUUGUACCUUAUAACAGAAAGAAUAUGUUAGUGUGCAAAAUUAUGUUGCAUCUUGGAAAACCUCAGUUUACCAAAAGAGAAAACACAAAGGUGUCUUUAAAUUGAAACUCUGUCUUAAGAGAAGCUGUGAUGAGAUUAUUAAAACACUCACUGUUGGGGGGCUGUAACUCUGAGAGUGAGGAAAUUUUUGAACUGUAAACUUGCAUGUGGUUACUGCAUGCACUGAGUUGCAAGCAGACCUAAUUUCAUCAGUGAUUGAGCUGGAAACUGAUAUUGAUGUGGAACAAUUUUUCCUAGUUUUCUGUUCUUAGAAGGGCUUUAUUAAAUUGAAAUUUGUGAUGUGAUUUUACUUCCUUUUUAUGUAUUUGGUAGCAGAUUGAUUCACAUUCUAUUCAGUCCAAAUUUUGUCCAGCUAAAUAAAUUCUUCUAUGUAUUGCAUAUAAAUACCAUACACUUAAUUAACAGCCAAAAAUGCCUUCUAUCUGUAAUCAUGUUGAGGAGGUUGUAAAUAAAAUCUGUGUUACCAUAGGGACAUUAAAUUUGUUACAUUCCUAUGAAAGUUCCUAAACUGCAAGAAAAAUAAAUGGAAACAUCCAUUAACUGUACUGUCAAUUUUUAGACCUUACUGUUUAGAAGAAAUCAUUUUGGCUACAAACAUUCCUGUGUUGUACUCAAAAAUAAUUACACUGAGUAAGUCUUGUAACACAUGAUUAUCAUAUCCUACAAAGACAUGUCUGGAAGUUGUAUGUAGACAAAUAAGCUUAUUCCAUCUUUGAAAUAGAAUGACUCAACUUUGGGAACCCAGAAUGACGUGUAGCCACACUUUGACAACAUUCUCUGGAUUUUCAACUAAUACCAAGUAUGACCCAUAUCAGAUUAAAGCAGAAAUAGCAAGCCGUCGUGACAGACUUUCUAGACUAAAACGAGAGUUGGCACAUAUGAAGGAAGAACUGCAGUAUAAAGAAAAAGGAGUGGAAACACUACAAGAGAUUGAUCGUAAGAUGUCAAGUGCUCAUACAAAUUAUAAACUGGAUGAAGCCCAGGCCAUAAUGAAUGAGCUCCGAACCAUAAAAAAAGCUAUUUGUAUGGGUGAGAAAGAAAGGCAGGACCUUAUGCAGAGCCUGGCGAAGCUAACGGAUGGAUUCAGGAAUAGCUGUUGUAUUACAGAUUCCUUGCAAGGUCUCCAGCACAAUUCUAGUUCACUCCGUGAUUCCUGUUUACCUCAACAACACUGUGAUGCUUGUUCUCAAACUGACAUCACUGGAGAGUUUUGCUUUGAUGAUAAAACGAGACUUGUGGACAAAGUAAGACUGAGCUGGCAAUAUGAAGAGGCCAAAAAGAGAGUUUCCAAUAUACAGCAGCAGCUGGCCUUGCUAGAUAAUGAAUCUUGGCCAGGAAUGGCUGAGGCGGACAGGGACCGUCUUCAGCUCAUCAAGGAGAAAGAGGCUCUCCUUCAGGAACUGCAGCUCAUCAGUCAGCAGAGACGAUCCCCAGAAUACAUUGCACGUUUGGAGGAAGAAAAAAGGCGCUUGGAGAAUGAAAUUCAGCAGGCUCGGGCCAGUUCUGCUCAGGGGGCCACUGAAAGGAUACUGUUACAGGAGAAGAGAAAUUGUUUGCUUUUGCAGCUGGAAGAAGCAACUCGUUUAGCCUCCUAUUUACACUCCCAGUUAAAAAGUUUAUCUGCUAGCACCCUCACAAUGUCUUCUGGCAGCAGUAGGGGAUCACUGGCAUCCAGCCGAGGAUCACUGGCGUCCAGCAGAGGGUCUCUAAGCUCUGUCAGCUUCACGGACAUCUAUGGCCUCCCACAGUAUGACAAAUCAGACAGUGUUACUGACUAUGCACAACAUCUGCGCUUUGACCUGAUUCCAUUUGAUUCUCUCAGUAAAGAUGUGCAGUACUCUGAUUCCACUGGACAUUGUAACUUCAAUAAACAAAGGAGGUCCUUGGAUACUCCUCAAUCCCUGGCAUCCCUAUCAUCACGGUCCUCCUUGUCAUCGUUGUCCCCUCCAAGUUCCCCUCUGGACACCCCCUUCCUUUCUGCUUCUCGGGAUUCUCCACUUGCCCAGAUGUCAGAAGGAUUUGAGGAGAUAGCAGGUGUAGGAGCCCUAGAAAUGCGCAGAGCUCGGGCCUCGGUUUUGGGUGACGAUGCCCAAGGAACAACUUCAUCACAGACGCCUGCCUACCCCGUGGAUGAUGGACUGCAAGAAAUGGGACCACACCUGGCAAACAUCCAAACUGGUGGAGCCGUAACUCUACGCGAAGACAGUGCAAGAAGGUCGGCGAGGCGAGCCAGGCGAGUCUCAGCAUGUCUAUCCGAUUAUUCACUGGCUAGUGACAGUGGCGUGUUUGAAGCUUUAAGCAAAAGGAAUGAGGAUGUUGAAGACCCUGUUUACAGUGAUGUUGUUGCUAGUAGUGAAGAACCACAAAUACAUGUUGGAUUCCUGCAUGAUGGUGGAAGUGAAUGUCUCCUAGUCCAUGUGUUAGAGUUGAAGAACUUUACUGGUCCUGUUGUGAAAGAAGGCUGCAAAAUACAUGUUCGAGUUUACUUACCUCCACUGGAGUCAGGCACACCAACCACUUACUGCUCUAGAGCUUUGGAAUUCCAAACUCCAUUAAUAUUUAAUGAAGUUUUCCGAAUCCCUGUGCAUUCAAGUGCAUUGAAAUUAAAAUCACUGCAGCUGUAUAUUUGUUCAGUUGACCACCAGCAGCAAGAAGAACUUUUGGGCAUUGCUCAGAUUAGCCUGGCUGAUCAUGAGAGUUCCACUGAGAUGCAGCUUCACUGGUAUCCCGUCCAGAUAUUCACUGGUUCAGACCCACAAAGGGCGAAGGACAAAAAUCAGUGUGAAGAAAGCACUCCACAGAGUUCUGGAAAUACGACUACAGUGAAAUCGGAUGCAGUGACAGCCCUAUUAGCUAGGACCACAGCUCAGCUGGAAGCAGUGGAGAGAGAGCUGGCAGAAGAGAGAGUGAAAUUGGAGUACACAGAGGAAGAAAUCCUAGAGAUUGAAAGAAAGGAAGAUCAGGCAGAAGCUGUAUCAGAGAGGAGUUGGCAAGCAGAAUCUGUUGACAGUGGAUGUAGUAAUUGCACUCAGACCAGCCCACCUUAUCCAGAGACAUGUUGUGGCGAAUCGUUACGUGGACAUACGUUUGCAGUUCAGGCAGGUCAAUACAGUUCUGGGAAAGUGCAACCUCCGCCCCUAAAAGUGGAUAAAGAGACUAACACAGAAGAUCUCUUUCCAGAAGAAGUCGCUAUUCUUCCAAAAGAGAGAACCUGCCGCAGGCCCCGUGGUUCUGCUUUUGUUCGUAGUAGCACUAUUGUUCGAUCACAAACCUUCUCACCUGGAGCACGAAGUCAGUAUGUUUGCAGACUGUACCGUAGUGACAGUGAUAGUUCAACCCUGCCAAGGAAGUCACCCUUCAUCCGCAAUACAUUGGAAAGGCGUACUUUGCGCUAUAAGCAGCAGUCCUGUAGAUCUUCUUUGGCUGAGCUUAUGACAAGGACAUCCCUAGACCUGGAGCUGGAUCUCCAGGCAUCCAGAACUAGACAGAGACAACUGAAUGAGGAGAUAUGUGCUUUGAGAGAGUUGAAGCAACGUCUGGAAGAUGCCCAACUCAGAGGGCAAACUGAUCUUCCCCACUGGGUCCUUCGGGACGAACGAUUCCGAAAUUUGUUGAAGGAAGCAGAGAGACAGACAAGACAGACCAAAUUUGAUCAUCACCAAGAACAAGUAGCUGAAAAAAUGCUAAAGAAAGCAUCCAAAGAAGUAUACCAACUGCGUGGACAAAACCAGAAAGAACCUAUUCAGGUGCAGACGUUUCGAGAGAAGAUAGCAUUUUUUACAAGGCCAAGGAUUAACAUACCUCCUCUGCCAGCUGAUGACGUGUAACAUGUUGCAUUGUAAACAUGAAGUAUUUAUCUGUCUGUUUUAUUUUAAUGAAAUUAUUAGACUAGCUAAAUUUCUUUUUAAAAGUUUGUGCAAAAGCUAUUAAUAUACACCUUUUGUAAAAAAUAAAAACGUAAAAAAAGUAAAAGUAAAAAAAUAUAUAAAUAAAUAUAUAAAUAUAAAUAUAUAUAUAUAUAUACAUACACAUAUAUAUAUUUUAUAAUAGUGACUGCAACAAGGCUUGGUUUUUCCUUGUUGUGAAAUUGACAUCUCUGAAGACAACUUAUUUUAUAAAAGAUCAGCUAUCCUGUUAAGAGUGUGUACAGUUUUUAUGCUGUUUUAUUUGAUUUAAAGGCUGGAAGACAGAAACAAAGUGAGUUCAGGCAAAUUCACUGUAUUGUAAUUUAUUUAUAGCACAUUUUUCCUUGAAGGAAAAUACCUACUUUAAGAUGUAUUUUAAGACUGAAAUUUUGUUCUUCAGUAUUUGUCAUACAGUAGAAUGGAACCAUUGAGCUGGUUUUGUUUCUGAUACCUGAAAUGAAAAUACUAUGUUCUAAAUUUGUCACUUUUAUCAGCUUUACUAUCUGUAUCUUAUAAUGUAAAUUGUAUUCUUUAGCACUGUCUGUGUUAUAGCAAAAUAUUAUCACCUGCAAUGUUUUUAAUAUUGAUUAAAAAUGCCAUUCAAUGUUGCAGAACUCAUUUGCAUGUUCUUACUGUGCACUAAUAGACUGUUCUCAUUUCAGUUGUGUUUAAUGUAUCUUUAUAUUUUUAACUAGAUUCUCAAUUUAAACGGGGGGAAGGAAAGGGGUGGCAUGUCUUUGUUUUGCUAUGAUUUAAUAAAGAUGGAAAUGGGGCGGGGGCAAACUUGCCAUAUUAAUAAAACCAGUAAAAGAAUAUAGCAUCUGAGUAGUUUUAAAGAUUGUGGCCCCAUUCAGGAAAGUACUUAAGUCCUAGUUCCUGGAAAGCAUCCCUAUUCAGAAGGGAGGUUAAAUACAUGCAGAUCUUUUUAAGCAUGUGCUUUGAGUUAGGCACAUGUCUAAGUGCUUUCCUGAAUAGAGUUGCUUUUCAGAAACAGGACUUGUAUCUCUGGAAGAAAUAGCUCACUUGGUUGGCAGCUGGGCCAACUACAACUUGGCCAGGAGUGAUUUUAUUUGUUACCAUUUGCUUUAACAUAGGACUGUCACCCUAAAUUCCCGAUAAUGCCAGUUUUGUGUCCUUGCACCUUGCAAGUAUGUAAAAAUGCUUCUUACUAAGCUACUAUAGACAGUUGAUAAUAUUUUCGAAUGUGCAUUACCUAAAGAGAAGGGCACCCCACACAAGACUUAUUUAAUCUAAUUGUUGGAACAUCCAGUGUGAAAAUCAAGGUCUCUCUUGGUUAAAGGGACAUCGUCAGGACAGAUUUGGCCCCAAAUUUAGGUUUUGUAAAAAGCCAAUAAAAUUGCAAAAUCUCUGACAAGUAGAUUGUUUUCAUUUAUUUUUAUAAACAAGUAAACAUUCCCUGCAGUGUUAGGACUCAUAUACUGUAGCAUUAUGAAAGAGCAUGAGAACCUGAAAGUUAAACUGACUGGGUCUAUUUUCAGUGUCCAAGCUGUGGAAGAAAGUAAGCCGAAUAUAAAUAGCAAAAGUAUAUUAUAUUAAAAACCCGAACGUUAUUAGUAACAAAGACAUUUGUGUUUUUAAAUUAUAUUCCUUUUUACCUGACAUAGUGUUUGUAAGCUUUCUAUUCAUCCAAUCUGGCAUGAAAAAAGAAUAUUUGGCCUUAUCAUACUAACUGCCUUCAAGCCUCUUUUCUUGGCAGUGGUAUUGGUAGCUGUAGAUAAGGGCCUCAAGCCUGCAUAAGAAAGAUUCAAAAAAUGAACAGAAUAUAAGCCAACAAAAAUAAAUACUUAUUUAAAAUAAAUAACUAAAAAUCAAUUGAAAGACUUGUCUGUGUUGGGAUGAAAGUCUGAGAACACCAACUCUUUCAGUGCUCAUUACCUGAAUGUCCCAGUGAGUGAGAGGGAAUAGAUCUGUCUCUUUGACAGUGAUUGCCAUUAAAAAGGCAGUAUUUACCAACAGGUACGCACUGUGAUAUCUGAGAUGUCACAGGUUGUCAAAUACCUAGACUAGGAAAUAACAGUGCAGUAUCUAAUGGCAAAUGUUCCUGUUUUUUUUUUUUAAUGGUGCCUAUUGUACAGUAUCACCAGAAUGUUUUGUGAGUCCAAGAUUGACUGCUGUAAUGAGUACUCUUUUUGAUGUGGUAAUGAGUUAUAAUAUUCAGUAUUCAUCUCUCUUGUUUUUGUCACAGUUUUGUACGAUUGUGUCAUUUGUAUUAUUUGGAAAGUAUUUCUUCUACAGAAUAAAAUAAUUUACUAUAAAUACAAA